UUUUUGACUAUUAACAUUAAUUGAAAUCUAUCGGUUUGUGCACGACAUCAUAAUAGAAGGAUGUAAGAUUCUUGGCUAAUUUUCUCAAGACUCCAGAUAUUCAGGAAAAGAAAAUAUUUGAGAUCAAAAAUCACUGAUUUCGAACUUUGUGAAAUGACUUUUCUUUUUCAAAAUUUUUUAUAUUAAUUUAUUUUUUUUCAGCAAAAAGUUCUUUAGAAACACAAAAUAGAAUAUCCAAAGAUUGUAUAUUGCAUAUUUUGAUAUAAUAAACUACUCUCAAUUUUCCAGAAAAGCGUGUAGAAUUUUCCGGGUCAUAUAUGACCCUAUGGUCCCCAAGGGUAACAGUGUUUUCGUCCCAAAUCUAUAGCGAAAUGUAGUUGGGACAUUGUUUUUCUUCGUGAAAUGCAGGUGGGACAUCUUGCUCCUGGACAUUUCAUCUUAUAUCUGAUGAAUUAUAACAUAUUUUGCAAUAUUUUAGAGUAUUCUGGAAGCGUCUCAUAUUGUGCAAUUGUAUUGUGUGUGAAUAUAUAUUUGGAUAAGUUUAUUUUUGCCAAAUACCACUCAAAAUAUUGUGACAGUGACUGUUCAAGGGAUUUCCAGGAAGAUUCCUUGAACACCAGGAGUACAGUGUUCAUCAAAGCAAUCCAGUUUGCCGUGGUUUUGGCCAAAUUAACAACUUUAAGCAAAAAAACUCUUAGAAAGCCCGUGAUAUAGAUUUUGAAAAUGGUAAAUACACUUCCCUUGAGGACAACAGGGUCAUAUAUGACCCGGGGUUUUUCCGAGUUUUCACGCAAUGGAAAAUUUUUUUCCUCUUUGAAUUAUUUUGAUCAUAAAGCAUUAGGAAAAACUCAAUUUUACAUGAAUUCAUCUGCUGAAUAAAAGUGGGACGCGAAAGAGUUAAGGGCUUACGUAUGGGUCGCUCAUUCUAAGAAAAAAAAAACAGCAUGUUUCCUUGUCAUCUUUUUCCGACAUAAUAAACAAAAAUUUGAAUUCAACCUCUUAAGCAUAAAAAAGUAUAGCAUUUUACCUAUAAUUUCUGAAACUUUUGCAAAAUAUAAAAUUUCAUAUUGAAGGAAGGUUUACAUCCAAAACAAAACACCGGUAAAUUGUAGCUUUCCUUUAACUGUACAAAUUUACGCAAGUAAAAACAUUUCAUGGGAUUAAUUUUAUCUUUUACUUGCGCGUGACCUGUUUGAAAAUGUACACAAUUCUCUAUCUUUCUUCCACAUCUAUUUAUCGGCAAAUAUUUUAACUAAAAUCAACAACACAUUUACGCAAAAACAUAAAUACCAAAUUUUAACAGUAGAUAAUGUUUUAAAAAUUUUAUUAACAAAUGUAAUACUAAGUUAUGUAUAUGUAGAAGUAUGAGUUAAAAAAAAACUGUGUUAAAUAUUGAAAAAAAGUGAAAGCAUCAGUUGCAGUUCCGCUAAAAGAUGAGUCUGAAAUUUUUGUGACAACUUCUGUGCGAUCCCACAACACAUGUUUUGGGCCCCUGACCUGCAACUCGUGAGAGUGCCUGGUUGCCACUCAAGCAAGUCUCUUUCUCUCCUCAGUUCCUCACCAGAAACCGUGCCACACAAGUCCACACACCAGAGGCCAGUCUCUCGCACUCUCCAAUCUCUUUUUACAUUUUAUGCCAACGCGAGUUCUUUUCCGUGUUUUAUUGUUAACUCUACUGAAGCAGUUCGCUUGGAAAAAUUUUAUAAUCUCAAGUGAGACACUUUUAUUUACACAGCAACAUUCUUCAUCAACACGACAAUAUUACACUGUGGACAAUUAUUUAAUUGUUUUCGUGCAUUCCUUUUUUUAUUCUUGUAUUAGUAUCUCAAGUGACUAUUUAGCUAAAAAAAAAAAAACCGACCCCCACUUAGAAGUCUCUCAAAUAAACAGAGACUCACAUUCUAUAAACUGAUACUGAAGUGGCUCAUGAGUGGCUAAAGCCGUAAUGAGAAUGCUGAUUAGUGUUAUUGAAUAUUCAGUGCAAGAGUGUUGUUAAAAAAAAAAAAAAGAAACAACAAAGUCUUGAUAGUUACAAAAUCAACAGAAACCAAAAUGUCUCCAACACUUGUGGCUGAUUACAAAAUAGAUCCCAAUGGAUUGCCAAAUAUUCUCAAUGGUAGUCAAAAAGACUGUAAUCUGUGCAAAGCCAUAAAGGUACCAGAUUCCAAAAGUAAUGUACUUUUGAAUAGACGUGGCAAGAAACAAGAUAGUGUAAUCAGUUAUACAUUCAAUAGCGAUAAAGACACCAAAAGCGCCCACAAUCAACUUAUAAAAUUCACUCCUACACCACAUAAAAUAUCAACUUCAACAAAAAUCAACAGGCACGACUACAUGGUUCAGCCGGCAACGACAUAUGGUGACAAUCGUCUUCAGUAUCGCAGAAAGUAUGAUCCCGAAAUAUUUGGGCGCAAUCAACUUGAUAGAUUAAUAUUGCCAUCACUUCAACUGUGACAGCCUCUCGAGGUUAUUAAAUAUAUUUUUAGUAGAGUCUUAAAACCAAUGUAAAAUGCUACAGCGUCAAUUAUAGAAAUAAAAUUGAAAGAUUUUUUUUUACCAA